UUUAUUUAAAAUAAUAAUAAAUUAAAAGAUGCAUGAACUCGAUUCAGUAAUGCGACAUAUAAAAAGAUGUCAUCACAACCGAUUCAAUAUCGUGCGUGAAAUAAAUCAAUGGGUCGGAAGAAGCCGAGUGCUCGUGGUGGAGAUGAUGAUGAUGAUGAGCAGCAACCUGCUGCGUCAUCUGUCGUUGGUGCUACUAAAUCUAAGAAGAAGUUUGCUCAAAUUGAUGAGGAUCAUGAGUACUCAAUAAAUACUGAAGAAGAGAAAGUUGUUAUCGCUGCGAAGAAGAACAAGGGUAAAAAAGGCUUUGCGGUUUUAGCUUUUGAUAUCCUUGGUGGUGAUGAUAGCGAAGAAGUUGAUGGAGAUGAGGAAGAAGGCUCUCCCGGUGAAAUCACGUUUUCGGGUAAGAAGAAAUCUUCUAAACAGAAGGGCAGCAGUGUCUUGGCCUCAUUAGGCGAUGACUCAGUUGCAGACGAAAGUGGUCUAGCUAAAACUCCUGUUGUAGAAAGUGGAAAGAAAAAGAAAAAGAAGAAGAAAAAGAGUGGAAGGACAGUAGAGGAAGAGGAUGAUUUGGACAAACUUCUUGCAGAACUUGGAGAAACCCCUGCUGCUUCAUCCACCACUGGAGAAGAGAAAGUUCAAGCUCAGCCUGCGCCAGUUGCACCGGUAGAGAAUGCUGGUGAGAAGGAAGGAAAAGAAGAGACUGUUGAGAGUGCUGCAGCGAAGAAAAAGAAAAAGAAGAAGGAGAAAGAGAAGGAAAAAAAAGCAGCAACCUCUUAUGUAGAGGCUAAGGAGGAAAAACAAGAAGAAUCAGUAACUGAGGCACAACAGCCGAAGAAGAAGGAUUCAAAGGGUCAAGCAGCAGAGAAGAAAAUUCCCAAACAUGUUAGAGAGAUGCAAGAGGCUCUUGCACGGCGGCAAGAAGCCGAAGAGCGAAAAAAGAAGGAAGAAGAAGAAAAAUUAAGAAAGGAGGAAGAGGAGCGCCGCAGGCAGGAAGAGCUUGAGGCUCAAGCUGAGGAGGCUAAGCGUAAGAGAAAGGAAAAGGAAAAGGAGAAACUCUUGAGGAAGAAGCAAGAGGGCAAGCUUCUAACUGCAAAACAAAAGACUGAAGCUCAGAAGAGGGAGGCUUUUAAGAAUCAGAUCCUGGCUGCUGGUGGAGGUCUUCCUGUUGCAGAUAAUGAUGGUGAGGCUACUUCUUCAAAGCGUCCCAUUUAUGUCAACAAGAAAAAAUCAUCUCGCCAGAAAGGCAAUGACACUUCUAUUCAGGUGGAAGAUGAGGUAGAGCCAAAAGAGAAUCAUGCAGGUGAACCAGUUCCUUUAGGUGAAGUGGGUUCAGCAGACACUGAAAAGGUUGAUUUAAUAGAGUCAGCAAACACAGAUGAGAAAUCACAACCUGCUGAUGUAGCUCAGGAGAAUGAGAAUGGGGUUGAGGAAGAUGAUGAAGAAGAUGAGUGGGAUGCAAAAAGCUGGGAUACUGUUGAUCUUAACCUUAAAGGUGAUUUUGAUGAUGAAGAUGAAGAAGCUCAGCCUGUGGUUAAGAAAGAAUUAAAGGAUGCUGUAUCAAAGACACACGAUUCAGACCCUGAAGCUGAAAAACCAGCAGGUAUGAGCAACCCAACAACAGCUGCUGUAAAAGCUGUGCAUGAAGUGGAAGAUGCUAAGCAGACAAAACGUGCUAAGAAGGGUAAAGGUUUAGCUUCGAGUGAAGUUAUAGAAGAAGGUGGAGAAAAUCUCCGUUCUAUUAUUUGCUGUAUCAUGGGUCAUGUCGAUGCUGGU